UCGCAAAUUUACUGCCGUCCCAAAUCGGCUAGCUCGAUCCCGAUAUCGCGAGACCCUUUAUAGUGUUAAAUAAGCAUUUUUUUGGUUUCAAGAAUUAGCGAGUUAAGUAUGAGGUUACAAGAUUUAAGAGGCAUACAUCUUCUCAGAAAAAAGACUCAAGGCCGGAUUAGGACAACGUAGCCCACGUCCGAAAAGAGGCCGCUAAGGAUAAACAAUGGUUCGCCCUUGUACUAAGCAAUUAUCAUACUCCCGCCUCGGUAUGAUAGUUGUUAAUGUUUUGUUGUUUUUUGCAAUUUUUAAGGUUUUCGCUUAAGGUCCGUUUGUGGCUCACAAUGGCGGCAUUCAUUAUCGCUGUUGCAAACACUAACACAGCCGCACGAUAUUUCAGUAUGAUGCUGAGGGUGCCGUCCUUUUAUUCCAGUCACGUCGUCGUCUUGACGUGGAUUUCGAAUACCUUGCCCCGUCCCGCCUCCAAGCGUGCGGCUAGUCUACCAGCUGUGGCUUUGUUUUUCGAAUACGGUGGAUAUCUAUACGGCGUACAUGUAUUCAUCAAGUGCGGCGCCAAGGUAUGUGGUCGCUAUGAGUGUGAACACGACUACAGCCUUCGUGGUAAUCAUCGCCGCAACGCUCCUCAGGUUUAUGUUGGUUCGCUUGAACAAGAAGCUCGAUGAAGGUGAAGCUGGUUUGGAAAGUGGCUCAGGCCAAGACUUUGGUCCUGACGGCAUCCUUGUGGUAGCAAACC